GCUGCAAGCGCGGAGUCGAACCAGUGGGGGCGGUCCUGGGGAAGCACUGGCCCCGCCCCUUAAAGGGCUCUCUGCUGCCGCCCUCCGCGUGCUGAAGUGGGAUCCCCGAAGGUUGCGCCACUGGAAGCGAAGCAAGUGGGCGCUGCAGCAGUGCCUGCGGACUGGGGGCAGAUUCUCAGAGUCCCCAGACUUCCAAGCGGAUUGAGGAGAGAAACCCCAGGGAUUGCCCAAGCCAACUCUCCUGCUUGUUAAGACCUUGAUGUCCAAAAGAAGACAGCUGAAGGGAAGUGCCUGCACCCACCCUACCCCACUCCCAUAGUGCCCCCACUGCCAGCCCCUCCUUGGUGUUCUCCUUUCAGGAACAGAGAUCAUAUCCCACUGGCAGCCCUGGCACCCCAAGGGAAAGGGGGAGGUAGGAAAAGUCCCACCAGUGUCCUGAGGGGAGGAGCAAAAUACUACCAGGAUGUGAGAUGUUGUCUGUGGGCAAGGUGCCUGCUUAGUCCGUGAGGGAUCGUGGGAGUUGGACUGUGGCUGAACGCCCCUUCCCCCAAUAACUCCUCCAUCUGAAGCCAAGGCUUCAAAACCCUGAUAAAGUGUGGCUUUCUACUGGAUUCCUUGUCCCAAACUCUUGGUGUCUGAUUUUUCCUCCUCUUCCUUCUCUUGGGUUGGAGCAACUGUCGGGAGACCCCCACCAUGAUUCAUUCUCUCCCCUUCCUUCUCCUUCUCCCCCCCUCUAUUAAGUCCAUUCUUCCCAGUCCGGUGUGAUACUUUUGAGUCCCAGCUGCAGAUGGGGCAAGCUUUCUUUUCGGCUGGAACAAGCUGCUGAGUCUUUAGCCUCCAGGCUCACUAGUACCCCUGGGCCCCUCCCUCCACAGACCGAGGACUUCCUACUGCUCCCACCCCACCCUGAAAAGCCAGGGGACAAAGACUCAUUACCUUUAUAAGAUUUGAAGUUCUACUUAAUGUCCUUGUUUCAGAGGGUGAUAAAGAGACAGCUGGCUCCCCUUAACCUGGUCCUGUAGGUUUCUUCAGUUACCCCAGCAGGGCUAAGCUCCGUCCUGAAUUUGGCCUUUCUUUAAAAGAAAUAGAGGUACAGAGUCCUCAAGAUUCAUGGGCACCUGAGUUCCUGCCCCCUACCCCCUUGCAGGUUUCCCAGCCCCCUCAAGACAUUCAUGGAUGGAUGAGAGGAGCUGACACUGACCUCCCUCUCUGUGACCACCUUCUCUUCGGCCAUGGAGGAAGCCUUGCUGCCCCUGGCCAUGACCUCUGACCCCAGGCCCUUUAAUCAACAACUCCCAGAGCCUCCAGACCCAAGAUGUGUCUUGGAACCCCAGGACAAUCCUGAAUUGGCACCCGCCCUGGUGUGUGCUCUUUGCUGCUGCUUUGGAAUCAUCUACUGCUGCUUCGGCUACCGCUGCUUCAAGGCAGUGAUGUUUCUCUCCGGCCUGCUAUCAGGAGCCCUGGUGAUCUUCCUGCUGUGCCACAAGGAGCGUGUGCUAGAGACACAGCUGAGCCUGGAGGUGAGCGCGGGCAUUGCGCUAGGCAUCGGACUCCUCUGCGGCCUAGUCACCAUGCUGGUUCGCAGUGUCGGUCUCUUCCUGACUGGUCUCCUGCUAGGCCUAACCCUGGGCGCCGGGGUCCUGCUGGGCACUGAGCCCAUCUACCAACCACCUUCAGCCUGGGUGCCGGCUGGGGGGCUGGUGGGGCUGGCACUGCUGGGAGCCCUGCUCACGCUUCGGUGGCCACGUCCAUUCACAGUUUUGGGCACAGCCCUGCUGGGUGCUGCGGUGCUGGUGGCCUGUGCUGACUACUUCCUGGAGGGGCUGGCACUGGGCAGUCGGCUGGGCCAGCGCUUGCAGGCACUUCCAGCCUUGCCUCCUCUCUGCUGGUAUAGCUGGGUCUUGCUGGGGACCUGGCCAGCCCUGGGGGCCCUUGGGGCCCUGGCCCAGUGGAAGCUCAUGGAUGAGGAACGUGGAGGCCACACCAAUGCAGUGGUCUUGAGCCACCAGCGAAGGCAUCUCCAACUCCUUCGGAUCCGUCAGCAAGAGGCUAAGUGGCACCGGACCUCCCCUGGGGUGGGGCUCUGUGAGGGCAGCUACCGGCGCCCACUCCACCCCAGCGCCCGGAGCCCUGCUGACAGUCUGGCUCCAAGCUAUCUCCAGAGCCUUCGAGAGCACCAGCUGGGACCAGGCACCCAGGCCACAGCUCCCCACACUGUCCUGGACCUGGAUUCUGACUGUGGUUCCACUGUACCCCUCACCACACCUUCUGGUUCCACCCGGACCUGAGCCUAAACCUCCACUGAUGCCCUCACCCCUAGCAAGGGCCUGGGAACACUAGGUGGGCAGGGCCUAGGCCCACAGGAUCCAACACAAACUUCCCCACCUCUUGGGGAUGGAAUCUGUGCUCCAACCCAGAGCAGCCCUGUAGGGAUAUGUUUUAGGUACAGAUAGAGAGGAAUCUUGUGGAGAAGGGAGAGGAAUGGAAAUAUGAGUACCUACCUCUGUCCAAUAAUAGAGGUGCCUUGGUCCCUAAAGUAACUGACUCCCUAAUUCCCUCCAAACCAAACCAAGGAGGACCGUUACCCAAAUAGCCUUCUAUAUACCCGCCUCAGUGUGCCUCACAAUGGUAAAAUAAGGGGUUUUGUUUUUGUAGGACCUAUAGAAAAUCAGGAAGCCCCCUUAAGCACUUGAUAGCUUUUUGAUGGGGAGAAGGGCAACAGAGGAGCUCAAGGAUCCCUAAUCCCCAGGUCCCUCAUUAGGGGGCAGUUGGGUUCCUGGUUAGCCUUUCCCUCUGGACCCUGUAGGCUCAAGCCCCCUUCUCCUACCUCAGUUGGGGGUACUGUCCUCCAUGGUGCUUCCCUUUCCUUUCUUCUUAAUGUGGGGAAGACCACAGGGCAGUGCCUGGCUCAGCACCCACCUUCCCCCAAAGCUGGCUUCUUGCUCCAAGGAGACAGCAUUGGCCCACAUGCCAGAGUCUUGCCCUUUUGCCCAAAGGAGCCUGGUCUUCAGGGCUGCGUGAAAGACAAGUGCCUUCUCUGCCUCUCAUUAUAGGUGACACUAAUCUCCUUAACCAGAACAUUGUCCCAGCCACUAACCCAUUCUAACUCUCCACUACCCCUGAUUCUCCUGCCCAAAGUCUGUUCCCUGGUUCCCCAGACAGCAUGAAGGAAGAUAUGUCCCUGCCCUGGGGAAGCAAGGUUAUGAUGGGAGGGAGGAAGAACACGGGAGCAUGUGAAUAAAAUGGCAUUGAACAUUGAA